AUGGCGUCCAAUUCUAGCGAGCCCGUCUACCGGGCAACUACUACUGCCCCGGUCAACAUUGCUGUCAUCAAGUACUGGGGCAAGCGCGAUGUUACGCUCAACCUGCCCACCAAUCCCUCUCUCUCGGUGACCCUGUCUCAGCGUUCUCUCCGAACCCUGACCACCGCCUCCUGCUCGGCCAAGUACCCCAAGGAGGACACUCUCAGUCUCAACGGCAAGCCGCAGAACAUUUCCUCCUCGAAACGCACUCUCGCCUGUCUUUCCAAUUUGCGAUCCCUCCGUCAGGAACUGGAGGCCGCCGAUUCCUCGCUUCCAACCCUCUCCGACCUCUCUCUCCGGAUCGUGUCCGAGAAUAACUUCCCUACCGCGGCCGGUCUCGCGAGUUCCGCUGCCGGGUUCGCGGCUCUGGUUCGUGCCGUUGCCGAUCUCUACCAAUUGCCUCAGUCUCCUACGGAACUUAGCCGGAUUGCCCGUCAGGGGUCGGGUUCUGCUUGUCGGUCUCUCAUGGGCGGUUACGUCGCAUGGCGCAGCGGCGAUCUUGCAGAUGGCAGUGACAGUCUGGCCGAGGAGGUCGCGCCGGCCUCGCACUGGCCGGAGAUGCGGGCGUUGAUUCUGGUUGUCAGCGCGGAGAAGAAGGAUGUUCCCAGCACGGAGGGAAUGCAGACCACCGUGGGCACCUCGGAGCUCUUCGCUAGGAGAGUUGAGUCCGUCGUACCCGAGCGUAUGGCUGCCAUUGAGGCCGCUAUCCGGGACCGGGACUUCCCCAAGUUUGCCGAGAUCACUAUGCGCGAUUCCAACACAUUCCACGCUACCUGCCUGGACUCGUGGCCCCCGAUUUUCUAUAUGAAUGAUGUUUCCCGCGCCGCUGUGCGCCUGGUCCACGAUAUCAACAGUGCUGUUGGUCGCACGGUCUGCGCGUACACGUUUGAUGCAGGCCCGAACGCCGUGAUCUACUACGAGGAGAAGGAUUCCUUGCUCGUCGCCGGCACAGCCAAGGCCAUUCUUGGCUCGAACACUGAGGGCUGGGGCGGCCCCUUCUACGAGACUUUGGCCAACGUCACCGCUCCAGGCGUUGAAUUGGAGAAGAUCGACCCCCGCGUCUUGAGCACACUCAAGGAUGGUGUGAGCCGAGUCAUUCUGACCGGUGUCGGUGAAGGACCUAUCAGUGUUCAGGACCAUCUUGUGAGCGAGACUGGUGAGAUCAUCACCAACUAA